UAAGAUCGGACGGUGAGGAAAGCUUCCCCUGCUAAGUGAGGAGUAUUUUCCUUAAUCAGCCUUAAUUGGGGUUCUAUAAAAAAAAAAUCGAAUCAAAACAAGAAAGUCUAGGGUUUUCAGUAUUUCUCAGUCCAGACGUUUGAUUUGAUUGUAAGGGUUUUUGUUAUAGAGAAAUUUUGUGAAGAAAAUGAAGCCAAUAUUUGUUGGGAAUUUCGAGUAUGAUACUCGCCAAUCGGAGUUGGAGCGCCUCUUCUCCAAGUACGGGAGGGUCGAGCGUGUCGACAUGAAGUCUGGAUUUGCUUUUGUCUAUUUUGUGGAUGAGCGAGAUGCUGAAGAUGCUAUUCGUUCCCUUGACAAUAGGCCAUUUGGAUACGACAAGCGCAGACUGUCUGUUGAAUGGGCUAAGGGUGAACGUGGUCGACACCGUGAUGGGGCAAGGUCAAAUCAGAGGCCUACAAAAACUUUGUUUGUGAUCAACUUUGAUCCGCUUCGUACCAGAGCUCGUGAUAUAGAAAAACACUUUGAACCAUAUGGGAAGGUUCUUCAUGUUAGAGUCAGACGGAAUUUUGCAUUUGUACAGUUUGAAACUCAGGAAGAUGCUACCAAAGCUCUUGAGUGUACUCACAUGAGCAAGAUACAUGAUAGGGUGGUCUCUGUUGAGUAUGCUCUUAAGGAUGAUGAUGAGAGAGGUGAUCGCUAUGACAGUCCAAGAAGAGGAAGUUACAGUCGGCAUGGGGAUAGUCCUUAUGGGAGGUCUCCUAGCCCCAUGUACCGCGGGCGUCCAAGUCCUGACUAUGGUCGACCCUGUAGCCCAGCUUAUGACAGAUACAAUGGCCCUGCCUAUGAUAGACGAAGGAGUCCUGAUUAUGGCCGAAACAUCAGUCCUGAAUAUGGCAGAUAUCGCAGCCGCUCACCUGUUCGCCGAUCCAGGACUUGAGUCACGCAGACAUGUUUCCGUCCGGUGAUACAAAGUGGUUGAUUAUAGGUUUACAUAGUAGAUUUAUAGAGCAUGAAGAAUCUUUAAUGUUUUGAUUAGGUUAUUUUUGUCUUGAGAAAUAUCACAUAGAUGUUCAAAGUUUAUUGGUGAAUUGUGACUGUAGAACCUGGUGAAUUUGAACAUUCUACUGGCGCAGGCCUUGGGACUUAAUAUGCAGCUGUGCAUUUGUUUAUGUCGAUUACUAAAAAUCAAACGCUGAAGUUGCCAUGAUUUUGCA